AUGGGAUUAAGGUCAAACGAAAUUGAUAGGAGCAUGCUGGAGAAAGGAGAUCACAUUUACAGUUACCGAAAAGCACACAUACAUGCCCUUCAUGGAGAAGAUCGGGUGGUCCACUACAAGAGUAGCAGUGGAGAAGAGAAAGACUUAAACAAUGAACCCUGCCAAAGGUGUGGAUAUAAGCCAAGCAAGAACAGAGGAGUGGUGAAGUCGUGCUUGGACUGUUUCAUUCAAGGCCACCGUCUGCACCGGUUCGAGUACGGCGUCUCCAAAGCCCACUACGUCGCCAAACGAUCUGGAACAUGCUACACGGGGUCGUGCACCGACCCAGAUUAUGUCGUUGAGAGAGCAAAUAAGAUGCUAAACGACAGUAAUAGUAGCAACACGACAAUAAGCAGUGAUCGCGAUGAGUUGUACGCCGUUUUCGACCAAAAAUGCGUGUGCUUUGCGGUGAUAUGCAUGACCGGGAGUUCGAAGAGCGCACAAGCGGUGGCUGCCAAGUCUAAGCUGAAGAUGUCAGUGAAGGGUUUUGCGUUGGGAUUACAGAUGGUUAUGGUCUUCCUUGGAAUACAAGAUGGUAUAGAGCUGAUGAGCCGUGAGAUCGACGAGAACGACGGAGGAGUUGAUACUUAUGAUGAGGAUGCCCAAGGCCUCGGAGUGGAUAAUAAUACUGGUUAA